AUGGAUUGGGUGGUUGAACCGGAAGAGGUUCCGGAUGUGAGAGAGUCACCCGAGGGGAUGGAACUACUAAUCAAGUGGAGGUCACUUCCAAAUUUUGAAGCAACGUGGGAGCCGCUACCUCCGAUUCAAGCACUCGUUUCCUACCUUCUACCUCGGGGACAAGUCAGGAAUCGAAAGAAGCUAGUUAGUGAGGAAGGUCCAGUAAUCGACCAUAAACCUGACGCAAGUGAGGUGCGGCAACAGCAGCAGCCGGACCAACAGAUACGGAACCGUUUUCCUCAUCGAUUUAGGUCUUCGGAACCUCCUCCGGACACGCUGGCGCAGAAAAUUGGCAAAUCGAUUCGCCGACCUGGCGCCCCUUCCAAGGCUAGGGUUUAUGCUGAUAUCAAUGUAAUCCGUCCUAAAGACUAUUGGGACUAUGAGUCUCUCACCGUUCAGUGGGGGGAGCAGGAUGAUUAUGAGGUGGUGAAGAAGGUUGGAAGAGGGAAAUACAGUGAAGUUUUCGAGGGGGUGCAUUGCACGGAUAGUGAGAAAUGUAUAAUUAAGAUUCUCAAACCCGUGAAGAAAAAGAAAAUUAAGAGAGAGAUUAAGAUACUGCAGAAUCUCUGUGGAGGACCAAAUAUUGUGAAGUUGCUUGAUAUUGUUAGAGAUCAACAAUCAAAGACUCCAAGUCUGAUUUUUGAAUAUGUGAAUAAUACCGAUUUUAAAGUGCUUUAUCCAACACUUUCAGACUUUGAUAUUAGAUAUUACAUCUUUGAGCUUCUGAAGGCAUUGGAUUAUUGCCACUCUCAAGGUAUCAUGCAUCGAGAUGUGAAGCCGCAUAACGUCAUGAUUGAUCACGAGCAGAGGAAACUUCGCCUGAUAGAUUGGGGCCUUGCAGAAUUUUAUCACCCUGGGAAAGAAUACAAUGUUCGUGUUGCUUCGAGAUACUUUAAAGGUCCUGAACUUCUUGUUGAUCUGCAAGACUAUGACUAUUCUUUGGACUUGUGGAGCCUUGGCUGUAUGUUUGCUGGCAUGAUAUUCCGUAAGGAGCCAUUCUUCUAUGGGCAUGAUAAUUAUGAUCAGCUGGUCAAAAUAGCUAAGGUACUUGGAACAGAUGAGCUGAAUGCAUAUUUGAGCAAGUAUCGCAUAGAGUUAGAUCCGCAUCUUGCCGCGCUUGUUGGGAGGCAUAGCCGGAAACCAUGGUCAAAGUUUAUUAAUGUUGACAAUCAACAUUUGGCAGUUCCUGAGGCUGUUGACUUCCUCGACAAGUUGCUGCGAUAUGAUCACCAAGAAAGGCCAACUGCAAAAGAAGCCAUGGUAAACGCCUGCUCCUUACCUGUUGAAAAAAACUCUAGACAGGUGGUUUUUAAGUCUAUUAGUGGCGUUUUGACUUGCAAAGUAAUACUGGUCGACUUACCAGAUCAGAAAAACCAAGAUUAA